AUGUCUUCCCCUCCUCGGCCCUCCGUUCGACGGUUUGCAUGCACCUCGGGCGCUGCUGAGGUGGAGGAGUGGCUCGCGCUAUUGGACGGUUUAGAUGAUAGGGAGCUAGGAUAUGAGGUGGCCGGCCACAUUUUACCCGCACCUAAGGCGCUCAUUUGGCCUUGCGAAGGCGACUGGAUGCUUGACGUGCACAAUCCAUUCCUGUAUGAACAGCCGACAACUCUAGAGCAGGUUCUGCUACCUCAAGCGCUAUACGCAACGGACCCGGUAGCCGAUGAGGCCUCACUAAGCGGUGCAGCAGCUACAUAUGCGGUGGACGUCGAUAUCCCAGUGCCAGCUACGCGUACAGCACUAUUGGAGCCAGAGGAUCUUACCGAACCUACCAACGAAUAUGAAAACCAACCUAUUGAGUCGACUACAGUACCGUUUGUUAUCGAGAUUGAUUCAUCCAGCUUAUGGAAUGAUUACGACGACGCUGUACCGCGCCCGCCACCGUCUACGGUCGUACCGCACUUGUGA